AUGGUUCCCUUCGCCGACCAAGGACUCGGCUUCCCCCGCAUCGCCGGCGGCGGCGCCAGCGAGACCCAGCGUUCCGUCAAGAUUCUCCACGCAAAGGUCCUGCCCUACUUGCGGCACAUAUUUGAAGCCCAUGCCGGCUCCACGCAGAAAUGGACGGCCGCCCAGGCCCAGGCCUUCGUUGGCAAGGUCCAGGACGGCGACGACUCGACCCCCGCGGCAGCUGCCUUGCUGGGCCAGCCCGACGUGGGCCUCGAUGGCUUCCUGGCAUACAUGACCUCUGCCGACGGAGCCAUAACCCGCCCCUGGAAGAAGUGCGAUCUGUCGUGGCCGCUGGCCAGCUACUUCAUCAGCUCCAGCCACAACACGUACCUGACGGGCAACCAGUUGUCGAGCGACAGCACCACGGAAUCAUACACCAAUGUCCUCCUGAGGGGCUGCCGCUGCGUCGAAGUGGAUGUCUGGGACGGCGCAGACUCGGAUUCGGAGAGUUCGGCCAGCAGCAGCGGCGGCGGCGACGCAGGCGCCACUCGCAAGGCUGGUGCCCAAGGCGCGCGCACCAAGCCCACCGCGCAUAAGAGCAAGCUGGGCAUGCUCAAACAAAGGCUACCAGGCUCUCUCGCUUCGAGACUGGAGAGGACCAGUCUGGGAAGGAAGAUGGACGAGAGGGGCGGGGCAAUCGGCCAACACGAGGCCGUCCCGGCUGCAAGGGACCAAAAGUUCGGCGACGAGCCCGAGUCGGAGUCGGAGCCCGACGUCUGCAUGGCCGAACCCAGGGUGCUUCACGGCUACACCCUGACAAAGGAGGUGUCCUUUAGAGCCGUGUGCUAUGCCAUACGCGAGAGCGCCUUUGCCGUCACUGACCUGCCCCUCAUCGUCAGCCUUGAGGUGCACUGCAGCCCGCAUCAACAGGCCAUGAUGGUCAGCAUCAUGCAAGAGGCGUGGCACGGCCUGCUGGUCGCGGGACCGGAAUCGCAACCUGAUUCUCUCCCGAGCCCCGACGAGCUGAGGGGCAAGAUCCUCAUCAAGGUCAAGCACGUGCCCUCCGGCGCGCCGGCCGCCGUGGCAGACGAGCUCGAGAGCGGAGACGACGAUGAUAUCGGCGGCGGCGGCGCCAUCUCCCCGGCCGCCAAGGAGACCAAGCAGCAGAAGCCAUCCAAGAUCAUUGCGGAGCUCAGCCGGCUCGGCGUCUACACGCAGGCCGUCUCCUUCAAGGCGUGGACGCAGGCCGAGGCGACAAUGCCGACGCACAUCUUCUCGCUGGCGGAGAAGAAAUUCCUCGACCACCACGAGCGCAGGGCGGCGGACCUGUUUGAGCACAACAAGCACUACCUGAUGCGCGUCUAUCCGUCGGGCCUGCGCAUCGGCUCCUCCAACCUGUACCCGCCCAUAUUCUGGGGCGCGGGCGCCCAGGUCGUGGCGCUCAACUGGCAGCAGACGGACGAGGGCAUGAUGCUCAACGAAGGCAUGUUUGCCGGCACCGGCGGCUACGUGCUCAAACCUCAAGGCUACCGUCCCCAUGUCCGGUCCAAGCCGGAGACAGCGGCGCAGGCAAUCCGCAAAACCCUCUCCCUGACAAUCACAUUCCUCGCUGCGCAGUCGAUCCCGCUGCCAGAGUCGGACACGUCGGCCAAGCGCUUCCACCCGUAUAUCAAGACGGAGGUGCACGCCGACGGGUCCAACCACCUGUCGCCCGUCAACGACGGCCUCGGCCACGGGGGCGAGUACAAGAUCCGUACGCGCACCCACCACGGCUGCGACGUCGACCUAGGCAGCGAAAAGGUGGUCUUCCCCGCCAUCGACGGCCUCGUCGAGGAGCUCACCUUUGUGCGCUUCACCAUCCGUGACGACGAGAUUGGCCGCGACGACCUGGCCGCCUGGGCGUGCGUGCGGCUCGAUCGCCUCGGACAGGGGUACAGGUUCAUACACCUGCUCGACUCGACGGGUGCCGUGACCGAGGGCGUCGUCCUGGUCAAGGUGGAGAAGGCGCUCUCGUAG